CGGCAAUUGCUCCUUGAAAAGAAGACCAUUCAACUUAUACCAGAGCCAUAUAUCAAUCGCAAUUCAAAAAACAGUCACCCACAAUGUGUGAAGAAAACCUCGUCCAGGAAGCACUCGGCCAAAUUUGCUGGCUCGAGGUUCCAGUGCGUGAUGUUCCUCGGGCCAAAGCCUUCUACAUGGAACUCUUUGGCUGGGAGUUUGUACCAGAGCCUCAGAAGGCCGUCGGCGACUGCGUCAAGAGUAUGCACUUCUUCAACAAGGGUAAGACCCUCCACGGGGCAUUUCUGGAACAUGACGAGGAAUAUCAUGUCAUCAACAACAAUCCCGACAAACCAGGUGCUCUGCCCGUCCUGCCAACUCUAUGCGUACUGGAUUGCGAAGAGACCCUGGCCAAGGCAAAUGCGAUUGGUGGUAAGACUGCCGUUCCAAAGACGGCCAUUGGAGGAGGGAUGGGGUAUUUUGCUCGGGUGAUUGAUACCGAAGGUAACAUGAUCGGUCUCUGGUCUCAGAAAUGACAAGUGAGCGUGGGAAGAUAAGGUUGACAUUUGUCACUCAGUACCUACCUAGGUAGCUUAUCUCAGCCAAGAUAUGAUGCCAUACUGCUCAAGCUGCUUCUGAUAAUACAAAGCUUGACGCCAAGCAGAGCCAAGUCUUGUUUGUCACUGCUAUAUGAAUUAUUGGACGGAACCAACUGACAUGAGCUCGCAUGAGUCGUAUCAGACGCCAAUUAACA